AUGGAGAAACAGGUAGCACAUGAUUUAUUAAAACGCUUUUUAGAAAAGCGAAGUGUAGGGCCAGUUAAGGGGCUAGAGGAUUUGAUAGCAUUGGGAUAUAAUUUAGGGGUAAUAGAGAAACCGGCUCAUGUAUUUGACUGGAAAAGAUGGAGGGAGAUUGGUAACAACUUAUGGGAAAGGGUAAUAGAUGAAGAUAAAGUUGCUAAAAAACUUAUGAAACCAUGGAGGGACAUUACUAAUGAUUUGAAAAAAUAUCAAAUGGAAAAGGAUGUUGCCCUACAAGCCCAGAACCAGUUAGAUCCUGAGGCUGGAAAAAUUAUACCAGGAGCAGACUAUUGGUCUCCGCCUCCAGGGACCAAAAUCCCUGUUAAAACCGAUAAAAUCCCUGCUAAAUCCUCCUGUAUUAAUUAUCCUACUUUACCCUGUCCUGCGCUACCUGACGACAAAGGACCACCACCUCCAUUCCCCACUGAUGAAAUACCAGUCUUGGAGCCUUCGGCUCCUCUGCUCCCGCGAGACCCUCGCUCUUUAUGGGCUCCGAGCCCCUGGAGAAGUCCGGAGGUGGAGACCCAAGAAUGGCCAAUGCCGCCACCUGGUGUCGAUGGGGAUCCGAGGGGAAAGGCAUCAGUACAAACUAUAGACUGGAAGGCACUGGGGGAAGAGGCUUUUGCGUCAGGGGAUCGUGAGGCAGCACUAGAAAUAGUGCAGACCUUCCCUGUGUUUUAUGAAACGGGGGUGGAUGGUCAGCAGAGAGGGGAACAUAAGCCUUUUAAUUGGAAAAUGCUGCAGACCCUGAGACAAACGGCUAAGGAAUCAGGACCGCGAGGGGAACUGACAAAACAGAUUCUCGAUUACAUUUUUUCGGGUUAUGUUCUCUGUCCCGAGGAUGUGAAGAGAAUUAUGCGCCUCAUUUUGACACCAUCUCAACAGAUGUUGUGGCAGUCUCAGUGGCAGCAAUUAGGCACUAAUUCUCAGAACCAGCCUAGGGCUCAGGGAAAUCCCCUUCAUGGGGUAAGGGUUGAUCAGUUGAUGGGAACAGGAAAUUUUUCUACAAUAGCUGCACAGGCAGAAUGUGGGGCAGAAAUUUUACAGGAAGCAAUGAGAACAGCUAAGGAGGCACUGAGUAUGAUAAAAAUAGAGCCAGGACCUCCCACCUAUACAACUAUUAAACAAGGUCCAAGAGAAGCCUUUUCUGAAUUCAUAGACAGACUUGCAGCAGCUUUUGAAAAUGUAGAAAUAGAAGAUCGAAUGAAAGCACCCUUAAUGAGGCAGUGUGCUCUGGACAAUUGUAACCCAAAAACCAGGGCAAUAUUGUCCCAAUUACCAAUAAACAGUACACUUGAGAAUAUGUUGGAGAGAAUGAGCAGGGUGCCAACAGGAGAACAGGCAUUCCUGACAGAAGCAAUGGACAGGCUAGGAGAAAAAAUGAUUAAAGCUCAGGAGAAUGUACUGCAGGCUCAGCAACAAGCUUUAGCGGCAGCAUUAGCCCCCCUCAGGGAACAGGGAAAGAAUAGGGGAGCGAAUGCUGCUACCUGUUUUCGCUGUGGAGAAAAAGGGCACAUGAGAAGUCAGUGUCAACAGGGAGCGGUGUGGUGUCCUGCUUGCCAGAAGGACAAUCAUUCUCAGAAAGCCUGCAGACGUUCGGGAAACGGGAUGAGGAGCGCCAGCCAGCCCGGCGCUCCAAAACAAAUAGCGGCUCCAGCGCAAUACAGCCCUCACAACCCUUUCUCCCCAAGCGACGGAUCAGCGAUCUCCAACCAGCCACCAGCGGGAGCCUCGGCUUGGACUUGGCAACAGCAAUAG